AUGAUCUCCACCACCUUCACCAUCGCCCUUCUCACGGCCCUUGCCGCCGCCUCCCCCGCCGCCCUCUCAGCCCGCCAAGGCGGAUACUUCGUUUCCGUUGGAAAUAAGUACUCGGGCAAAGGCUGCAAUCCCAACCAACUCAUCUUCGCGGAUCCCAUCUUUGGCAACGGCAACGUUUGCCAGCCGCUCGAUCGUUUCGGUGAUGGCGGUGCGAUCAACAGCUACGAGACACUGAGUGUUAGUGCUGGAUGCUCUGGUAAGCUGCUUGUUGUGUGUGCACUGAGCGAAGGCUAA